AUGAUCUCGAGGGUGAACAUCGUGUCCGUUGGCAAGGCCGGCCGCGAUGAGGCGUGGGUCACAUCUGCGAUCGACGUCUACACGACUCGACUGCGCUCGAUCCUGGACGUCCAGACGACGUUCGUAAAGGACGAUACCGCUCUCACCGCCGCCGUGAGGAAGAGUUCUGGUGGCGUGCUCGUGCUGGAUGAGCGAGGGAAGCAGUGCACGUCGGUCGAGUUUGCAGAGCGCUUGUUCACCCAGCUCGAUGACGGUGGCUCGCGGCUGAGCUUCUUCAUCGGCGGUGCGGCCGGUUUGCCCGAUGCUCUCAAACAGGACCGCUCUAUUUUGCUCAGCUUGGGCCCGCUAACCUUCCCUCACCAGGUCGCGCGCCUCCUGUUGGUCGAGCAGAUCUAUCGAGCCACCGAAAUACGAAAGGGAAGCGGGUAUCAUAAGGACUGA